UCUAUGAGUCAACCUGCUCUCCUUCCUUAAUAUGACCCUUCAGCAUUUUGAGUGCUGCUGCCAUUUUUUCUCUGCUGCCUGUUUCCUUCACACAUCACAAGCAAAAUGACGUCUGGAGUAACAGUCAGUGAAGAAGUGAAAACCAUCUACAACAAAAUGAAGCUGGUGAAAAGCGAUGAUGUCGAGGAGGACCGUAUUCGAAUCGUGGUAUGUCACAUCGUCGAGGAAAUUGAAGUGGAGAAAAUCUUCCGGCAGAAAGAUCUGGAGGACGUGGGUGAUAUCUUCAAGUUCUUCCAGAGUCUGCUGCUCAAAGAUCAGUGCCGCUACUUUCUGUACGACUGCCACUAUCAAACCAAGGAACAUAGUAGAAAAGAGGACGUGGUCUUAAUGCUGUGGGCUCCUGACACUGCAACAAUCAAACCUAGACUAAAAUACGCUGCCUCAAAAGUUGCUCUUGACAAGACCAUAGUGGGUAUCAAGCACAAUUUCCAGGUAAAUGACUAUGGAGAUGUGGACAGGGAUACCUUUGCAGAUAAACUUGGGAAAGAUGUACUCAAACUUGAGGGCAACCCUGUGACUCCUGGGAAUUAAACAGUAUCUCCCCUGUUUCAUCAUAAGGUACAUUUAAAGGAAUCUGAGGGGAUAAUGGCAAGAUUUCCAAUUCAACUUAGUUUUUUGUAUUGGUUCAACAAGUCUUAAAGGGAGAUUUGGGCUCUGGAGGGGUUUAGAUUCCUGUAUCACAAACCCCUUAUGUUUGUUUCUUUCUAAACUGUCCAGUUACACCAGUUUGGCUGUGAAAUCUGUCUAAUUUUUUUUUUUUUUUUGACAUAUCCAUACAUUAGCCAAGAUACUAUUGUUGGUCACUUGACUAUUUGUGCAUUUAAUCCCAGCAUUGGCCAAUACAAACCAUUUUCCCUACUUGUGUAUGUGUCCACUAAAACCAUAUCUUGUAAAAUAUCACAAUGGAAACCCUACUAGUUCUCUAGGUCAACAUGACUAUGCCUAUAACUUUGAGAUAAAUCUGUUUUCUAGACUGUUACACAUGUAAAGAAUAGUACAACUUUUACAAAGAAAGCUUCACUGAAAAAUGCUGCAGUUGUUGUACUGUAAAAGUAUUGUAAAAUAAAUUCAAUGCAAUCAAUUGUG